CCUGGGGGAUCCACUUCCGGACCUGUGCAGCACGUGUAUCCCUGCGUUUGCGCUCAGAAGUGCUGCAGACGAGACGAGAUGGACCUACCACAUUUUAAACAUUUAGAAAACUGCUUUAGUAAGAUUCAAAUUGUGGGACUUUCUUCUUCACGUUUUCCUUAAAUCAAACUUUUUGGAAUAAUUUUGAUGAUAAACUCACAAACACAGCCUGGUUAUUCUUAGAUUGAAGUUUUUGUCAAACCCACUGCUAAACUCUGAGACGACAUGAAACAAAAAAUUCAAACGAUUUUGGAUGAAAGCAACGUGAAAAGGACUAAACCCAGCCAAUCAGAGCGCUUGGAGCAUCACAGAAGCCAAUCAGCGGUGUGUGAGUCGGACAGUGGCUUCAGCAGUGGGCGUAGUUCACCUGUGAGUGGGCGGAGCUCUCCUCUGAUGUCUGUCUCACCUGUGGAGGCUCAGACCCAGUCUCUGGUCCAGACCGGGUCCGAGCUCCUGCCCAGGUCCCUGGUCCAGCCCUCUCCUCAGACCGCUGUGGUGUCUCUGGACUGUGAAAUGGUGGGCACGGGGCCAGGGGGCAGGGUCAGUGAGGUUGCCCGCUGCUCUGUGAUCGAUUACCAUGGUAACGUCCUGUUCGACGAAUACAUCCGCCCCAUUGGUCAGAUCACGGACUACAGGAGCCCAUGGAGCGGUAUCAGGAAGCACCACCUGACCAAAGCCAUGCCCUUCAGCCAUGCUCGAGACCGGGUUCAGUCUCUUCUGGAUUCUAAAGUCCUGGUUGGGCACUCGGUCCAGUUCGACCUGAAGUCCUUGGACCUGGUUCAUCCUGGUCACAUGAUCAGAGACACGAGCUGCACCCACCUCCUCACCCGAUUGGCUGGUUUCCCCCGGGAGCACCGCCCCUCUCUUAAGGCUCUGACCAAUCGACUUCUGCAUCGCAAAAUCCAGGUCGGCAGUCGGGGUCACUGCUCUGUGGAGGACGCCAGCGCUGCUCUGGACUUGUACAAACUGGUGGAGGGUGAGUGGGAGAGGGAGGCGGAGCUUUCACUGAGGGAUGAGCAAGACCCCACCCCACCCAGCUACGCAUCAUCACAACACUUUCUGAAUGAUGAGUACUGGCCCCACCCCCCUUAAAUCGAGCCAGAUGCCGUCCCACCUCUGAGCCAGAUACUCUCCCACAUGAACGAGUACUGGCCCUUCCCCCUCUGACCCAGAUGCCCUUCCCCCUCUGACCCAGAUGCCCUCCCCCCUCUGAGCCAGAUGCCCUCCCCCCUCUGAGCCAGAUGCCCUCCUCCCUCUGAGCCAGAUGCCCUCCCCCCUCUGAGCCAGAUGCCCUCCCCCCUCUGAGCCAGAUGCCCUCCCCCCUCUGAGCCAGAUGCCCUCCUUCCUGAAUCUGCAGUUGUUGUUGCUGGACUUUGACUUGAAUCUUUGAGAUUUCUGCAACAAACCUGAAACUGAGACAAACUGUAUGAAAAAUAAAACAAAUGUAUUUAUUAAAAGAU